AUGGCUCCCUCUACCCAGGACGUUCGAAAGUCUCGGGCUUCAGACGAUUUGAUCAUGGCCACAAACAAUAGUUCUAUCGUCUCAAAACGCAGUGUCGAACAUCUUUACUAUCCUGACGAGCCUCACUACUUUCGUUUCUUCGUGAAAAAUUUCCGGAGAAGGGCGCCUCUCGUCAAUAGAGGCUAUCAUCUUAGACUCAAGGUUAUCGACACCCUAGUUCGCCGAUUUCUCCAAAAACAAUCAAACCGAAAGAAGGUCGUCGUGAAUCUUGGCUGUGGAAGCGACGUUCUGCCGUGGCAGUGUCAAGUGCGCUAUCCCGAUUCAUGCCAAGAUGUUACUUUCCUCGAUGUCGACUACCCAGAUCUUAUUCAGAAGAAGCGGCAGAUAGUGCUCGAGACCCCCGAGCUGCAAGACCUGAUGGGGACUUGGGAGGUAAAUGACGAUUCCCCAAUCGUCCUCAAAAGCCAGAAGUACUGUCAAGUGGGAUGCAAUCUCCAGCAGCUCUCGGUUCUGCAGAGUUGUCUCGACACGCUCUUCGACGUGCCAAACACCGAAUUCCUGUUCGUGGCCGAAGUUUCCAUUACUUACAUGGACACGAAAGGUGCAAAUGGAGUCAUCGAGUGGGCAGCCACUGUUGGAAAUGCUGAAUUCUGUUUACUGGAGCAGAUCCUGCCAGAUGGGCCUGAUCAUCCUUUUGCUCACACGAUGCUUGGGCACUUCAACAAGAUGAACGCUCCACUCAAGUCGGUCCAACGCUAUCCCACUGUGGCCAGCCAGGAGAAGCGAUUUCAGUCUCUUGGCUGGCCAUCAGCUGAGAGUUGGACACUCUGGGAAGCUUGGUCUGAUAAUUUGUUCAUGACUGCUGCAGAGAGGCGAGCCCUCGACUUGGUUGAGUCCUUUGACGAGUUGGAGGAGUUUGCUCUCUUCGCCAGCCAUUACUUUGUCAUCCUUGCUACAACUCCGAGGUCUGAAGCCCAGGGCCACGUGUCCAAGGUCCAUGAAGAAGCCGUCAUUUCAUCCUUCCAAUGUCCGAUGACCAUGAGCGCCUACGACUCUGCUCAGGGGCACCGCCGGCUCGGCGCCGCAAUGCUUGUCAGAGAGCCCAACAGCGGUGAAUUCAUCUCUCACAACUUCGGUCAGGGGCCUGUUGGACGAAUGAAUUCUGAGGAUCUAUACCAAAUUUCUAGCCAGCCAGUGGCUCCUCUCCCAUCCGCCAAUAUGCCCUCUGCCAGAGUAUGCCAUAGCCUUACGGACUUAGGCAACGCUGGUGUUCUUCUCGCGGGCGGUCGCGCGUCCCCCUCAACGGCGUUCGGAGACUGCUGGCUAUUCAACAAGCAACUUUCUGCCUGGGAACGAACAAAGAAUCUGCCCGUUCCCCUUUUCAGGCAUUCUGUUACUCGACUGGGUUCUUCGACCCUUGCCCUCCUCGCCGGCGGUAGGAAGAACCACUUCGAAACGUCAGCCGAAUACUUCCUGUUUGACCCUGCAAAGGGUUGGGAAGAAUGCCAUGUACAGUCUGCGCCACCUGCACUUUACAGUGCUACAUUUGUCUGCGUAGGCGAAGUGGGAUCUCGAGCUUUCACGGGUUUCCUGUCCGGGGGCAGCCUUGAGGAUAGCGUCAUCAACCAGAAACUUUACACUUGGAGAUUGGACAUUUCUGCACCCGAGCCCGUACUUUCGUUUCAGCAACGAAUUCCCAAGGAUGGGGGACUGCCCGGUGCUCUUGCCAGGCUUGGCUCUUUCGCUAUUCAGUCUCUUGGUCACACUCUAUUGCUUGGCGGAGUGAUUGAGGGGGUCCAGCUUCCAUCAGUAUACGACAUCAUCGUUCUCAAAGCAACGGUAACAGAGGUCAGUGUGGUGGCCAGGCUUGAUGGCACAGACAGCUCCGGCGUGAUGCGCCCCUUUCUGAUGGGGUCUUCCGUCGUGCACUAUGGAGAUGGAAAGCUCGCCAUCCUCGGAGGUGGCGCAACGUGUUACGCCAUGGGAACUUUCUGGUCUCCUGGAAGCUACAGCUUCCGCUUCGAUCCAAAGCUUUUACCUCAGCACGGCACAGGGCAAGCAGCCUCACGACCCGAGCCGGUCCAAUACCAGGAGACGAUUGAGUUCUCGGAGAGCGAGAAGAGGCCCGUCGAAUAG